AUGGCCUCCGAACAAUUGCGCAUCCUCAUUGUUGGCAAUGGUGGCCGUGAGCAUGCCUUCGCCUGGAAGCUGAGCGAGUCCCCCUUGGUCGAUAUCAUCUAUGUCGCUCCCGGAAACGGUGGCACAGGCCGGGGCAACAGCAAGAUCACCAAUGCCAAUGUCAAGGGCGACGACUACCCCGGCCUCGUGGCAUUUGCACAGAAAAACCAGGUGAACCUCGUGGUGCCAGGCCCCGAGGCACCUCUCGUUGAUGGCAUCCAGGGUUAUUUCCAGGCUGUCGGAAUUCGAUGCUUCGGUCCCUCCAAGGCUGCUGCCCGCAUGGAGGGCUCCAAGACCUUCUCCAAGGACUUCAUGCAGCGCCACCAGAUCCCCACAGCCGAAUUCGGAAACUUCUCUGACUACGAGUCCGCACGUCGAUACCUUGACUCUGUAUCGCACAAUGUGGUGAUCAAGGCCGAUGGCCUGGCUGGUGGUAAGGGUGUGAUCAUGCCCACUACCAAAGAGGAGGCCCACAAGGCCUUGAAGGAAAUGAUGGUGGACCACCAGUUUGGCAAGGCUGGCGACGAGGUCGUGAUCGAGGAGUGCUUGGAGGGUGAUGAGCUGAGUAUUCUCACUUUCAGUGACGGUUAUACUAUCCGCUCGCUUCCUCCAGCGCAAGACCACAAGCGCAUCUUCGAUGGCGAUCAGGGCCCCAAUACCGGUGGCAUGGGCUGCUACGCGCCUACCCGCAUUGCGCCGAAGGAGGUUGUGGAUGAGAUUGACCGGACCAUCAUUCAGCCUUCCGUUGACGGAAUGCGAAAGGACGGCUUUCCCUUCGUUGGUAUCUUGUUCACCGGUCUCAUGAUGACCAAGAACGGACCCAAGGUCCUUGAAUACAACGUCCGCGGUGGAGACCCAGAGACCCAGACUCUGCUGCCUCUGCUCAGCAAGGACACCGAUCUUGCACAGAUCAUGGUGGCCUGUGCUGAUCACUGGCUGGACGGUGUCUCGAUCAAGAUCGAGCCCAACUUCUCCACCACCGUCAUUGCUGUUGCCGGCGGCUACCCCAACGCUUAUGCCAAGGGCAAGACUAUCACUCUGGCCCCCGAGCCUGCUGGAACCCUCAUCUUCCACGCUGGCACAAUUUUGUCCGGCAACGAGUUGCAAACCUCUGGAGGCCGUGUCAUCGCCUCCACGGCUACCGCCUCAACCCUUGAGGAGGCCGUCGCUAAGAGUUAUGAAGGAAUCAAGACCAUCAGCUUUGAGGACAUGUUCUACCGCAAGGACAUUGCCCACCGCGCCUUCCGCCAGACCGCCAGCACCUCGCUCACCUACGCCCAAGCCGGUGUCUCCAUCGACGCCGGCAACGAGCUCGUUAACCAGAUCAAGAGCUCUGUCCGCCGUACCAAGCGCCCCGGCACUGACGCCGUCAUCGGUGGCUUCGCCAUUGACGGAGUCGGCACUAAGCUCAAGAUCGCCCACUCAAUCGGCAUCCAUGAUACCGUCGGUAUCGAUCUUGUCGCCAUGAACGUCAACGAUCUUGUUGUCCAAGGUGCCGAGCCCCUCUUCUUCCUGGACUGCUACUCUUGCGGUCACCUUGACGUGCCCACUGCUGCGGCCUUCGUCACCGGUGUUGCCGAGGGCUGUGUCCAAGCUGGCUGCGCCCUGAUCGGUGGUGAGACCGCCGAGAUGCCCGGUCUCUUCGUCGACGACUCCUACGACGCCGUCGGUGCCGCCGUCGGCGCUAUUAACACCACGGGCGACAAUGCUCGCGCCAUCCUCCCGCACACAGAAAACAUGCGCUCCGGCGAUGUUCUUCUCGCCCUCGGCUCGUCCGGCCCCCACUCGAACGGCUACUCUCUCGUCCGUAAGAUCGUCGAGCGUGCCGGCCUGAGCUACACCGACCCCGCACCUUUCUCCAUGCCCGGUCUCGACGCCGGCGUCUCCGUCGGCCGUGCCCUCCUCACCCCUACCCGCAUCUACGUCAAGUCCAUCCUCAGCGCACUGAACACCCACGGUAAUGCUAUCAAGGGUCUUGCCCACAUCACCGGCGGUGGUCUCACUGAGAACAUCCCCCGCAUGCUCCCCGAUACCCUCACUGCUCAGGUUGACGUUAGCACCUGGGCCCAGCCUUCCGUCUUCACUUGGCUCCAGCGUGCCGGUAACGUCUCCUCUGUUGAGAUGGCUCGUGCCUUCAACUGUGGUGUUGGUAUGAUCAUUGCUGUCGAGCCCGCCUCCGAGGCCGCUAUCCGUCAGACCUUCGAGGCUGCUGGUGAGUCUGUUUACCGCGUUGGUGAGCUGCGUGCUCGCGGCGAGGGUGAAGAGGGCUGUGUUCUGUCUGGACUUGAGUCUUGGUCUUCGUAA